CGGCCCAGGUGAGCGCCGCCGGGUCGGAGCCGCAGCGAUGGAGUUCGUCAAAUGCCUGGGGCGCCCCGAUGAGUUCUACAACCUGCUGCGCUUCCGGAUGGGGGGCCGGAGUAAAGUGAUGCCCAAGGUGGACCUGGACAGGCUCAGCAGCAGCAUGAAAACGUGCUACAAGUACUUGAACCAGACCAGCCGCAGCUUCGCGGCUGUCAUCCAGGCGCUGGACGAGGAGCUGCGCAAUGCUAUCUGCAUUUUCUACUUGGUGCUUCGUGCUCUGGACACGGUGGAAGACGACAUGUCCAUCCCCCUGGCCAAGAAGGUCCCUAUGCUGCAGAACUUUCACUUGUACCUGUAUGAGCCUGACUGGUGCUUCCUGGACAGCAAGGAGAAGCAUCGCCAAGUGCUAGAGGACUUUCCCACGAUCUCCCUAGAGUUUAGGAACCUGGCCAAGGUGUACCAGGCUGUGAUUUCUGAAACGUGCCAGCGCAUGGGCAAUGGGAUGGCCGAGUUCCUGGAGAAGAAAGUGACUUCGGUGCAGGAGUGGAACACGUACUGCCACUAUGUCGCCGGCCUGGUGGGCAUUGGCCUGUCCCGCCUGUUCUCAAACUCGGGGCUGGAGGACCCGCUGUGCGGCCAGGACACACUGAUUGCCAACUCCAUGGGCCUCUUCCUGCAGAAGACCAACAUCAUCCGCGACUUCCUUGAGGAUCUCCAGGACGGCCGGGUGUUCUGGCCAAAGGAGGUAUGGGGCAAGUAUAUUCAGCGACUGGAGGAUUUCCCUAAACCAGAGAACCUGAAGCUGGCUGUGCAGUGUCUCAAUGAGCUAGUCACCGACGCACUGCAACAUGUCCCUGAUGUGCUACUCUUCCUGUCACGCUUGAGGAACCAGAGCUUGUUCAACUUCUGUGCCAUCCCACAGGUCAUGGCUAUUGCCACGCUAGCUGCCUGCUACAACAACGAACAUGUGUUCAAAGGGGUGGUGAAGAUCCGCAGGGGGCAGGCUGUAACCCUGAUGAUGGAUGCUACUAACCUGCCUGCCGUCAGGGCCAUAUUCCAACAGUACACUGAUGAGAUCUAUCAGAAGGCCCCCCACUCGGACCCAUCCUUCGCCAAGACGACGCAGCUCAUCUCCAUGGUCCGCACGCAGAACUUUGCCAGCUGCCAGCUGGUACCCAGAAGCCAGAACCUGCCCUUGUACCUGUCCUGCGCCAUGCUCCUGGUCGCCCUCAGCUGGCAGUACCUGAGCACCAUGGCCCAGGUCACGGGGGACUAUGUGCAGGGCGGGGAACACUGAGACAUGGACACAAGACACUGUGGCCCCAUAUCUGCCCUGGAAGGAGCUUGGACUCAGCCUGGUUCCUGGUGAUCUCUGGAGGGCUGGGCUACGUGCUACACUGACCUCAUCCUCCCACUGAGGUGGACAGCACUUCCCACCCAACCUCUACCCAGCUGGAAUGACGAGGUUAUUUAACCCAGUGCCGUCUCGGAAUUUCUGUUGUGGAUAUAGAAUAAAUUUUCUGCUGUGGGUCCUCA